CCGACCUUCCUUUCAUUCCCGUAACCUGUCUGCGUAGGGUGUGCUCAGGAGCUAGCCUCGGCACACAUUUUAUUAUUAUGAAACAAACCAAAAGCUAGAGAGCACACGCAGACAUAUUUUUAUAAGAAAAAGCAAAAAUCGGUGAAGCAGGAUUUGAUUUGCCAAAAAAAACCCAAGCAACGCGAAGAAGAACGAAAGACGGAAGGAGAGGAGCGUUAGCAGACUGAGCUGUUAGCGUCAUUGUUGAAAGCGUGGGAGAUUAACGUGAGCCAGAUAUAUUGUUUACCACUUAUUUCCCACUUUACGGGAUUUGACCUUUCGAAUAUAAUUGUUAGUUGGAGUAUUUGUUUCGUAUAUUACGGGUAGUUACGCUUUCUAAUUGACUGUUAAAGGAGUCAAAAUUGUGUGCGAGCCGUAUCGGGUAGGCCACGCUCCGACAUUUUGCUAAUCAAGCUAACUAGCCCACGUUGCUAACUGGUCAGGUACACUCGUGUCGGCGCUCUUGUGAAGCCAUCCAGCAGACCUGGAAACGGAGCCUACUCGCGUAGGAAAUUCUUUUUACAUUGACGGCCGUCAAUAAAUAUUUCGAGCAAAGAUAAGUCGACAUGAAUCCCAGCGCGCCUAGCUACCCCAUGGCCUCCCUCUAUGUGGGGGACCUACACCCGGACGUCACUGAAGCCAUGCUGUACGAGAAAUUCAGCCCGGCUGGGCCCAUCCUCUCCAUCAGAGUUUGCAGAGACAUGAUCACCCGCCGCUCCCUCGGCUAUGCCUACGUGAACUUCCAGCAGCCUGCUGAUGCUGAGCGGGCCUUAGACACCAUGAACUUCGAUGUGAUCAAGGGCAGACCUCUCCGCAUAAUGUGGUCUCAGCGUGACCCUUCACUGAGAAAGAGUGGAGUAGGCAACAUCUUCAUCAAGAACCUGGACAAGUCCAUUGAUAACAAGGCUCUCUACGACACCUUCUCCGCCUUUGGAAACAUCCUGUCCUGCAAGGUGGUUUGUGAUGAAAAUGGCUCAAAGGGUUACGGCUUUGUGCAUUUUGAGACCCACGAGGCGGCUGAACGCGCCAUUGAGAAAAUGAACGGCAUGCUGCUCAAUGAUAGAAAAGUAUUUGUUGGACGCUUUAAAUCUCGCAAAGAGAGGGAGGCCGAACUUGGAGCACGUGCCAGAGAGUUUACCAACGUUUACAUCAAGAACUUCGGGGAGGACAUGGACGACGAGAAGCUGAAGGAGUUAUUUGGUAAAUAUGGCCCCGCGCUCAGUAUCCGUGUUAUGACCGACGAGAGUGGGAAAUCAAAGGGAUUUGGCUUUGUCAGCUUUGAAAGACACGAGGAUGCACAAAAGGCCGUGGACGACAUGAAUGGUAAAGAACUGAAUGGCAGGCAGGUUUACGUGGGCCGCGCACAGAAGAAGGGAGAGCGACAGAACGAGCUGAAACGCAAAUUUGAGCAGAUGAAACAAGAUCGCAUGACCAGAUAUCAGGGCGUUAAUCUUUAUGUGAAGAACCUGGAUGACGGCCUUGAUGACGAGCGUCUGCGUAAAGAGUUCUCUCCCUUUGGAACCAUUACAAGUGCAAAGGUGAUGAUGGAGGGUGGUCGCAGCAAAGGCUUCGGCUUUGUGUGCUUCUCGUCCCCAGAGGAGGCCACUAAAGCUGUAACGGAGAUGAAUGGACGUAUUGUGGCCACCAAGCCACUGUAUGUGGCCCUGGCCCAGCGAAAGGAGGAGCGCCAGGCCCACCUCACCAACCAGUACAUGCAGAGGAUGGCCACAGUCCGUGCUGUCCCCAACCCUGUCCUCAACCCAUACCAGCCCGCUCCUCCCUCAGGGUACUUCAUGGCGGCUAUACCACAGGCCCAGAACCGUGCUGCUUACUACUCUGCAAACCAGCUUGCCCAGCUGCGCCCCGGCCCCCGUUGGGCCACCCAAGGAGUGCGUCCUCAACACUUCCAAAACAUGCCCAAUGCCAUGCGGCCAUCGGCACCAAGGCCCCAGUCCUUCAACACCAUCCGUGCUGCCGCAACCACCAACACCCAGGUCCCACGCAUGAUGGCUUCACAGCGUAUGCCCACACAGGCCCUCAGCCAACGCCCUGCCGGAGCUUCAGCCACUGCCGCCCCAGUGCGCGCCAUGCCCCAGUACAAGUACGCUGCUGGUGUACGCAAUCCUCAGCAGCACAUGGCUUCCCAACCACAGGUCCCCAUGCAGCAACCGGCGGUACAUGUCCAAGGACAGGAACCUCUGACUGCCUCCAUGCUGGCUGCUGCUCCUCCUCAGGAACAGAAGCAGAUGCUGGGUGAGCGUCUGUUCCCCCUGAUCCAGAACAUGCACCCCAGCCUGGCGGGCAAGAUCACCGGUAUGCUGCUGGAGAUCGACAACUCUGAGCUGCUGCAUAUGCUUGAGUCACCUGAGUCGCUUCGCUCAAAGGUGGAUGAGGCUGUUGCUGUGCUUCAGGCCCACCAGGCCAAGGAGGCUGCUCAGAAGUCUACUACCCCCGCUGGUGUUCCCAGCGUGUAAGAUUGAGCAUUUUGAAACCUGCUUCACCGAUGGAAAAAGAGAAAAAAAACUUAAACAUUGAAAAACCUAAAACUCUGAAAACAUCGCAAAAUGAUAAAUUAUUUCUUAAAAAAAAAAAAAAGAACAUGAUUGACUCUGCCAGGUCUAGGGAUGGUUUGUCUUAGACCUUGAUCAUAAACAAAAAUUUGUUGAAAAAAAUAGCAAAAUAGAGAAAAAUUGAGAUUAUACAUUUGAAUGCAUUCCUCUGUUUUAUGUCAUUUUACUGUGUUUGGUGCUCAGAAUAUCAACCGUGUUCACCAAGGUGGUAACUGAGCACAUUGAAAGGUGGUUUGGAUAAUGUGGCUGUAAUAAAUUGUCAUUCAAA